AUGCUCGGCGGCCUUCAACCCCGUCAACUCCUCACCCAGCUCCUCAAUUUCGCUCUGGUCCUCUCAACAGCGUUCAUGCUAUGGAAGGGUCUAUCCGUCGCCACAGAUUCCCCGUCUCCCAUCGUCGUCGUUCUUUCUGGUAGCAUGGAGCCUGCAUUUCAAAGAGGAGACCUGCUAUUUCUAUGGAAUCGAGGGCAGGAUACGCAGGUUGGGGAGAUCGUGGUCUACAAUGUGAAGGGGAAGGACAUACCGAUCGUGCAUAGAGUGGUGAGGAGAUAUGGGGGAGGAGAUGAGCCAUUGCAAUUACUCACGAAAGGAGACAACAAUUUGGCGGACGAUACGGAGCUUUAUGCAAGGGGGCAGGAUUAUUUGACAAGGUCUACGGACAUCAUUGGAAGCGUGAUUGGUUAUGUACCUUUUGUGGGAUACGUGACAAUAUUGCUGUCGGAGCAUCCUUGGCUGAAGACGGUAUUGCUGGGACUUAUGGGAGUCAUGGUCGUUCUGCAGAGGGAAUAA